GGAUCCCUCCGCUCCAUUUUUGCCCUGCCGGCUAGAUCCUCCGCUGCCCCUCAAGGGCCAACGACAGGUUUUCCCAGGGUUCCAAGUCCGUCUUCUUAUCACAUUUCCAGAAAGGAAUAGCUGGGAGCACAAGAGAAGAAAAGGACUUUUUUGGGGAAAAGCGGAGGCAGGUGACGAAGCGAAGCUCCGAGGUCGCCGAUUUUCGCGCGCUUUGGCGCGGGUGGUUGUGGGUAGUGCGUCUGGGUGGGAGAAAAGAGCCGGGGCCCUCUGGCCGCGCAGUCGUCGGAGGCUGAGGAGAUGUUCGAAGACGUGUCCCACACGGAGGGAGCGGCGGUGGUCGCAGCGGCCCGGGAGGCGCUGCAGACCUUGUGCCAGGAGCUGAAUCUGGACGAGGGGAGUGCGGCCGAAGCCCUGGACGACUUCAUCACCAUCCAGGGCAACUACAGCCUAGAGGGAGAAGUUAUACACUGGUUGGCAUGUUCAUUAUAUGUUGCAUGCCGCAAAAGCAUUAUUCCCACAGUUGGAAGAGGUGUUAUGGAAGGAAAUUGUGUGUCACUUACCAGAAUACUGCGUUCCGCUAAAUUAAGUUUAAUUCAGUUUUUCAGCAAAAUGAAGAAGUGGAUGGACAUGUCAAACCUGCCACAGGAAUUUCGUGAACGUAUAGAAAGGCUAGAGAGAAAUUUUGAGGUGUCUACUGUAAUUUUCAAAAAGUUUGAGCCAAUUUUUUUAGAUAUAUUUCAAAAUCCAUAUGAAGAACCACCAAAGUUACCACGAAGCAGGAAGCAGAGGAGGAUUCCUUGCAGUGUUAAGGAUCUCUUUAAUUUCUGUUGGACGCUCUUUGUUUAUACUAAGGGUAACUUUCGUAUGAUUGGGGAUGACUUAGUAAACUCUUAUCAUUUACUUCUGUGCUGCUUGGAUCUUAUUUUUGCCAAUGCUGUCAUAUGCCCAAAUAGACAAGACUUGCUAAAUCCAUCAUUUAAAGGCUUACCUUCUGAUUUCCAUACUGCUGACUUUAGGGCUUCUGAAGAGCCUCCCUGCAUCAUUGCUGUACUGUGUGAACUGCAUGAUGGACUUCUAGUAGAAGCAAAAGGAAUAAAGGAGCACUACUUUAAGCCAUAUAUUUCAAAACUCUUUGAUAGGAAGAUUUUAAAAGGAGAAUGCCUCUUGGAUCUUUCCAAUUUUACUGAUAAUAGCAAAGCAGUGAACAAGGAGUAUGAAGAGUAUGUUCUAACUGUUGGUGAUUUUGAUGAGAGGAUCUUUUUGGGAGCAGAUGCAGAAGAGGAAAUUGGAACUCCUCGAAAGUUCACCGGUGAUACCCCAUUAGGGAAAGUGACAGCACGGACUAAUGUGGAAUGUAACCUUCAACAACACUUUGAAAAAAAAAGAUCAUUUGCACCUUCUACCCCACUGACUGGACGGAAAUAUUUACGAGAAAAAGAAGCAGUAAUUACUCCUGUUGCAUCAGCAACCCAAAGUGUGAGCCGGUUACAAGGUAUUGUGGCUGGACUGAAAAAUGCACCAAGUGAACAACUUAUAAAUAUCUUUGAGUCUUGUAUGCGUAAUCCUACAGAAAAUAUUAUGAAAAUAGUGAAAGGAAUAGGAGAGACUUUCUGCCAACACUACACUCAGUCAACAGAUGAACAGCCAGGAUCUCAUAUAGACUUUGCUGUCAACAGACUAAAACUUGCAGAAAUUUUGUAUUAUAAAAUAUUAGAAUCUAUAAUGGUUCAGGAAACACGAAGACUUCAUGGAAUGGACAUGUCAGUUCUUUUAGAGCAGGAUAUAUUUCAUCGUUCCUUGAUGGCCUGCUGUUUGGAAAUUGUGCUCUUUGCCUAUAGCUCACCUCGUACUUUUCCCUGGAUUGUUGAAGUUCUCAAUUUGCAACCAUUUUAUUUUUAUAAGGUUAUUGAGGUGGUGAUCCGUUCGGAGGAGGGACUUUCCAGGGACAUGGUAAAACAUCUGAACAGCAUCGAAGAACAGAUUUUGGAGAGUUUGGCGUGGAGUCAUGAUUCUGCACUAUGGGAGGCUCUCCAGGCUUUUGCUAACAAAGUUCCUACCUGUGAAGAAGUUAUAUUCCCCUAUAACUUUGAAACAGGAAAUGGUGGAAAUACACAGGGACAUCUUCCCAUGAUGCCACUGUCUCCUAUAAUGCAUCCACGGGUCAAAGAAGUUCGUACUGACAGUGGGAAUCUUCGAAGGGAUGUGCAACCAUUGUCUCCAAUAUCUGUCCAUGAACGCUACAGUUCUCCUACAGCAGGGAGUGCUAAGAGAAGACUUUUUGGUGAGGAACCCCCAAAGGAAAUGAUUACGGACAAGAUCAUAACAAAAGGAACAAAACUGAAAAUUGCUCCUUCUUCAAGCAUUGCUGCUGAAAAUGUAUCAAUUUCACCUGGGCAAAGUCUUCUAACAAUGGCCACAGGCACAGUAAUGGGGACAACAGGACACAGAGUUACAAUCCCAUUGCAUGGUAUUACAAAUGAUGCUGGAAGGAUCACACUGAUACCCAUUUCCGUGAAUACAACUCAGGAGUCCAAAGUGGAGAGUCCUAUAUCACUUACGGCUCAGUCCUUACUUGAUGCUUCUCCAAAACAGACACACCUGACUAAAACACAAGAGGUACAUACAACAGGAAUCAGCAAGCCAAAGAGAACUGGAUCCUUAGCACUAUUUUACAGAAAGGUCUAUCAUUUGGCAAGUGUACGCUUACGUGAUUUAUGUUUAAAACUGGAUGUUUCUAAUGAGUUGCGAAGGAAAAUAUGGACCUGUUUUGAAUUCACUUUAGUUCACUGCCCUGAUCUAAUGAAAGACAGGCAUUUGGAUCAGCUCCUUCUUUGUGCCUUUUACAUCAUGGGAAAGGUAACAAAAGAAGAAAGAACUUUUCAAGAAAUAAUGAAAAGUUAUAGGAAUCAGCCCCAAGCUAAUAGUCAUGUCUAUAGAAGUGUUUUAUUGAAAAGUAUUCAAAGAGAAGUUGUGGCAUAUAAUAAAAACUUAAAUGGUGAUAUUGAAAUGACAGAUUGUGAAGAUGCUACAAAAACACCAGACUGUUCCAGUGGACCAGUGAAAGAGGAAAGAGGUGAUCUCAUCAAAUUUUACAAUACAAUAUAUGUAGGAAGAGUGAAAUCAUUUGCAUUGAAAUACGACUUGUCAAAUCAGGACCAUGUGUCGUUUCAGAUGGCAGCUCCACCACUCUCUCCUUUCCCACAUAUUAAGCAACAACAAGGCUCGCCACGCCGCAUUUCCCAACAGCACUCAGUUUAUGUUUCCCCGCACAAGAACGGGGCAGGCCUGACACCAGGGAGUGCUCUGCUAUACAUGUUCAAUGGCAGCCCUUCUAAGAGUUUGAAAGAUAUCAACAACAUGAUAAGGCAAGGUGAGCAGAGAACCAAGAAGCGAGCAAUAGCCAUCGAUAGUGAUGGAGAAUCCCCUGCCAAACGCCUCUGUCAAGAAAAUGAUGAUGUUUUACUUAAACGACUGCAGGAUGUUGUCAGUGAAAGAGCAAAUCAUUAACGCCCUUCCUGCUACUAAGAUAAAAGCACUUUCAGGUUGUUUUGCAGAAAGUUGGGUCUAUAUCUUUCAGACCUUUCAUCCCUGCAGAUGGUAAACAUCACUGGGUUAUAGAAAAAUUGCACCAGAAUUGAAUGUAUUUGGCAGAGAUGCAUUUUGAGUUGGAUAAGAAAGGAAUAUUUUAAGUGCCUUUUAAAAAUACUAAUAGUCAUAGAAUUUGUCAAAUAUUUGUUUCCUUGGGUUUGUUUUUAAAAGGUGAAGAGAAAACCACCCCGUGUAGCCUUUUGAAAAGCUCACUUUUUCAAAAAACCAAAUGUCUCCUCUCCUAAUGUGCUUUGUAAUGUACGGGUAAACAACCCAUUUUUGGUAAGCAUAUUUUGAGAUUUGUGUUCUCAAUUCAAUAUUGAAAGAGGAGUUGUUUCCCAUAGAACUGGGCCAGAGGGAAGUGCAAUAGCCUGUCUCUGACCCACUGUGGUGACUCCACAUCCAGGUGCCACCACCAUUCUGGGUUGCCUAGAUUUCUUCCCCUCAUGCCCUUCCUUUCCCUGAGCAUAAGCAGAUGUGCCCUGGAGCCUUCUUAGCCUUGUGUCAUAACCCGAUAAAAAGGGCACUUGCUCCUUUUUUAAACUAUCAUCAUUUUGGUUUUUGUAACAACUUAACUAUCCAUGAUUGUAUUAAAUCAUGUAAUUCUCAGAAGAGAAAUAUGCCUCUCAAGUCAGUAGAAAAGAAAUCAGAUAGAGUUGUUAAAACUAAAUUUCCCAUUGGUGAGGUAGCACCAUAAUAAUGUGUGAGAUACUAUUUUUAAGGUCAUCAUAAGAUCAGUCAUUCUCAAUGUUUAAUUGAUUCCCUAAGUGUAUCAGACAUCUUUUUCAAAACCACAUCAUUAAAAUCACCUCAUGCCUUAUAAUUCCAAUGUGUAUCAGUAAACAACUCCUUAUCUCCCCCCCUUGUUCUCAAUAUUAUUGGUGCAUCAUGAGUUUCCCGUUAGGACAUGACACCUGGAUUCCCCUUGAGGAUGUUUACUGGUACUAGGGAUACAGAUUUCCAAUAAAUCAGUUCGUUCACAUUAACUUCUUCUAGUGUGUUUUCAGGAUAUGGAAAAACAUGGCUAGGCCAUCCUUGAUGAAUUUUGAAAAGAUGCUCUUAAAUGUAUGUUUUUAACUGCAAACCUUAUUUUUUAAAAACAUAUAAUAUUUAACUUACCUUUAUCUACCCCUGUCUAAUUUUAAUUUUCCUAAGCUCUGGCUGUUAAUUUGUCAAGUAUUGCCUUGAAUCUGAUUUUUAAAGGGAUUUUGGUCACAUUUUACUUUUCUGAAAGUUACAUCCUCAUUUUUUGUGUGUAGUAUCUACACAUGCUAUAAGCCAAAUAACAAAGUCUGUCUUGAGUCCUUGUACAUAUUUUUAUGUAGCUAUAAUUGUUGUGUCAUUUUCAUCUUCAUUUUAAUAUACAAAAUAUAAAUGAUCAUUUGUACAUUGAUUAUAAAACUCGGGACAUGUUUUUAUUAGGUUUAAUAGUAUCAAUAAAUGG